AUGCAAGAAAGUAGAAGUAAGGAAUCGACGCUUUCUGGCGAUGAAGAUAAAGAUGUUCAUAGAUUCUUGGAUGAGUUUGACGACAAAUGCACCUGCAAGCUUCUGAAGGAAAUGAAGGAAACACUGGAAGGGCUGAAGAAAAGUCAUCCAAAUCCGACGAACUUGGACGAGUUCUACCGUCUGUUUGAAAGAUAUCUUAGAACAAGGCACGAAAAGAUAGUAUGGGAAAAAAUCAGGUCGCCGAAAGACAGGAUUGUUCAGUACAACGAGAUACCGGAGCCGACGGAAAAGUCCAAGGAGCUGCUGAGGAAACUGGCAAUACUAAAACUCAACGGAGGACUUGGAACGACAAUGGGCUGUGUCGGGCCAAAGAGCGCCAUAACAAUUAAGGAUGGCAAGAACUUCAUAGAUCUAGUUGUGAAGCAGAUCAGGUAUCUGAAUUCCAAGUACAAAAUAGACGUUCCACUAAUACUGAUGAACUCGUUUAACACAGAAGGCAUGACAGACAAAAUUAUAUUUAGAUACGAUGGAAUCAAGAAGUUCUCCCAAAGCAAGUUCCCAAGGAUCUCAUCGGAAACAUUACUCCCUGUAUCACCUUCACACGGAGAUAAAGGGAUGUAUCCGCCAGGCCAUGGAGACCUGUUCUACUCGAUGAAGAACAGCGGAAUGCUCGAGGAGCUUCUGGAAGGAGGAUAUGAAUAUCUCUUCGUAUCCAAUAUUGAUAACCUGGCCUCCACAGUUGACUUGAAGCUCCUGGAGUAUUUUGCAACCAACGAAUUGGGGUUUCUGAUGGAGGUUACCGACAAAACGCGUGCAGACGUCAAGGGAGGGACUCUGAUAGAAUACAAAGGAGCUCUUCGGCUUCUCGAAAUAGCCCAGGUUCCAUCAAACAAGAAAUCGGAGUUCACAAGCUUCAAGAAGUUCACGAUAUUCAACACAAAUAACCUUUGGAUCAACCUUAAGGAGAUGAAGAAAAAGCUAGAAGAAGGCUUCUUUGAUCUGGAUAUCAUUGAGAACAAAAAGGCCCUGGAUGACGAGACGGUCAUCCAGCUGGAAACUGCCAUAGGAUCCGCAAUCAAAUACUUUCCUAACUCUUGUGGAGUUGUCGUUCCGAGGUCUAGAUUCCUUCCGGUGAAAACAUGUUCCGACCUGUUUCUUGUUGAAAGCAACCUCUUUGUCGAAAAGAACGGGACGCUGCAGCUCCAUCCGUCCAGGGUUCCAGAGACAUGUCCUACAGUCAAGCUUAUUGGAGAGAACUUCUCGAAGAUAGAAAAAUACGAGAAGUGCUUUAAGGGGAUUCCAGACAUUCUUGAGCUGGAGGUUCUGACGGUUAGUGGCAAUGUUCUGUUUGGAAAGAAUGUUGUUCUCAAGGGAACAGUUAUUAUACUGGCAGACGAAAAAAGUAAGAUCUGUGUUCCUGAUGGGUCUGUGCUAGAGGAUAACAUUAUAUACGGCAAUCUUCCUAUUAUAGACCAUUAA